AUGAAGAUACCAGAAACCGGAGACAGACCAUUUGCAACUGGCCUUGCAAAUUGCAACAAUCCGGUCAAAUUCCGCACUAAGAGCUCGAGCUCGAGGGACAAAGCGGUCUGGAACCAGGCCUCUAAGCUCCAGAUCAGCCGUGGAGACUUCCUCACCUUUCGAGUUCAAGAUGCGGAUCUGGACGACCCGGCAUCUGUGUUCGCGAGGGCUACGCUCGACUUCGAUCGCAUGGUACCCUCAGGCUUCGAAGAUGAGAUACCCCUGGAAGACAGUUCGGGCAACAAGGUCCCGGGAGGAGGGAUCAAGGUUCGCGUGCGUGUACAGGGGUCGUUUCCUGCGGGACAAGAGGCCUGA